AUGGGGUCUCUACAGACGGAGACCAUGAUCCAUGGUCUCAUUCGUCGCAUUGUGAUGGCAUGCGAGGACAAAGGUGUCCAGGUGUCAAACCCGUUGGCAGCCGCCGUGAUGAAAGGCGUGGUGUUGGACCCUGACACUGGGCUCGAUCCUGAGCGCGAGCUCUCCCGCGAUGACAUUGAGCGCAUUGUUGAUAAAUGCGUCGACUUGCUUGGGACCAAUCCUGUUGCCGUGCAAACGGUGUCGGUGCAAGUGUUGUUUCAAGCACAGUACAAGCCCAUCGAGGACCUGCUUCGUGCUCGGCAGCGGGAAAUGGAUGAAGUUAUGAGCGAGGUUGAGGGCGCCAUCUUGGCUGCCCGCUGCAAGACGCGCGCUGAGUUCGAAGCCCUGUACCGGCAGAUUGUGUCGUGCAUGCUGCUGCGAAGCAACAUGGGGUCGCCAACUGACAUCAACGUGGUCAAGGAGACAACCGCGGCGCUGGAGAGUGUUCUUCCCCCUGAGGAACUGGGCACAUUCGUCUCGCUCUCACGUGUCAACAAACGCCAGCAGCUGCAUGAGCUUGCGCUGUUGACAAUGGGGAUUCGGCUCUUCAACCGCGCGUGCAACAAGGGCGGACAGGCCAUCCCGGACCUCCCCAUGGAGGUACGCGAUCUGCUGACGCGGACAGCGGAGACGAUUCAGCAGCACUUGCAAAUCCUCGUGGCGAGCGCAUAUGUGUACGCACAGCGGUUGCUUACAGGCAUCGACGACGCCGACGAGCGCACGACAACACAGCACAUGAGCGCAAACGCCUGGCAGAUUAUCGUGUACCUUCGACAGCUGCAGGUGUGUCCGCAAUUUGUGGAGCUCGGAUCGCUGUGGCAGUCGAUGCAGGGCCAGCUCGCCAUCAUCUCCGCUGCAGCAGAGGUGGUGGUGAUGGUGGUGGAGAAGUCCUCAUACAUUGACCGACAUCACCACCAUCACCAUCAUCAUCACCAUCACCAUCACGAUCCCUCACCUCCAUCCCCCCACCUCCACCACCACCAUCACGAACAGCGGCCGCUGCGAGUGCCGGAUUUGAAGUCCGCUCAUCCGCUCAUCAAGCUGCUGGAGCCGCUGACGACACACAACUACGAGAACCUACCCCUCGCCUGCCACGGAUUCUGUCCAAUGACGUUCGUGCGAACGGGAGCAAUUGCGCCCACUUGCCAUCACAUUGGUCUGUUGCAGUUUGGAAAUUCGUUCUAUGGUUUCUUGACCCGAGACGACGCAAUCAAAUUUGCAGCAGCACCUGAAGAGAGCGUGCGCGAUCUUUUGGCUGUGUCACGCCGGCGGAUUGAGGCGCCGGAACUCCUCCGUCUUCACGCGGCGCUCGCAGCGGCACAGCAGGACGUCACCGCCAUCAGCGACGGCGGGCGGAAGAUGGCGGUGAAAUGCGAUGCGGGGAUGCAGACGGAAACGCACCCCGUGGAGACGCACUUGGACCGCAACUACGAGUGGAACGAGUGGGAACUGCGCAGGAAGGCGCUCAGACUGGCCAACAUGCGGCAGAAGAAAACACACUCGACACAGACGCACAACAGCCACUUCAGGCGAGAGAACACAACGCAGGUCUACCUUCCAAAAACCAAUGCGACGCAGACAAAGAAGGACGGGUACACAAACACGAGCAAACCUGUCACGUACAUGCGCGGUCUUCGUGGGCCCCGCGGUCCAAAGGCCAUUCCACAGCAGGCUGUUGAUCUGACACUUGACAUUGGCGGAAUUGCGCUGGAGCCGAAAGGGCCGCGCCUCCUCCCACCGCGCGUCCCAAAGCCGCCAUCGUCAUCAUCGUUCGCAUCGAGAUCGUCGACAUCAUAA